CGCUCGUCAUAUCGCACACGUGAUUUACUACCUUUGCCCGACUUAAACCCUCUGCCUGCCCCUCCGCGGCGCUCGCCCGCCCUAAGGGCGGAGGCGCGGAGGCCAAUGGGCGGCGGCGCCGGCGCGCGGGCCGCCGCGCGGGCCGCGCUGCUCCUGCUGCUCUCCGCGGCCCGCGGCGCGCGGGCCCUGGCGAGCUCCCCCGCGGGCCUCGGGGGGAGAGGCCGCUCCCGGACGCUCACGUCCAGGUUGGCCGACGGGGAUGUGCGCAUCGUUAUGAGUGACGAUCAGGAUAAGGUAGCGCAGGCGAUGCAGCCGUGGCUGAAGUCGGGCGGGUCACAAGUGCCACUGGUGAACGAGCGUUACCUGACGUUCGAGUCCGACAGCGGUGGCUUCAACAACAUUCGGAUGGCUUUCGAGUUCUUCGUCGACGUCGCCCGAACGUCCAGUCGUACGCUGGUGCUCCCUCCGCACGAGGCCCUGUACUUGAUAGACUGGGGACCCAUGAACGCGGCAAGCCUGACCGAUAAGGUCUGGAGAGCGGCCAACACGACGACCGCGUACGAGGACCUCUGGGACGUCGACGACCUGCGAAAGAAGAUCCCGGUGCUGCGCGCGCAGGAGUUCUACGACAAGGUCCUCAGGCCCGGGGGCGCCCCAGAGGCGGCAAACCCCAAGCGGCAGACCAACGCCCAGCCCGACUACAGCCCGUGGAAGUAUUGGUUGCAGCAGCACACGGUGGUCGCCAGAGGGAACUGCAAUCUGGUGAGACACUUGGCGGAGAGCUCCUCGGCCAAGGUUGUGCACAUCCCGGCCAGGAUCUGGGACAGCAGCGGGAAGACUGAUGGGUUCGAGCAGCGGUUCCUUUUCUGUCGGAGCUUUGGCAGCGCGGGGACGGGGCUUGCAGGCCAGGUCUGGGGCGGCAAGGAGCGACCGAUCGAGGCCAACGAGCCGCCCCAGUGGCAAACGGAGCUCCACUACCAGCGGCACCUGUACGCGAUCGCAAGCGGCCCCAUUGCCCAGAUGGGCGUGCGCAACUACACCGCACUGCACCUGCGCAGGAACGACUUCCAGUUCGAGCAGGCCCCCGACUCGCCCGGGAGCGUCCUGGAGAAGAUCCUAGAGACGUUGAGGCCCAAGGAGGUCGUCUACGUCGCCUCGGACGAGAUCGACCCGCGGUGGUGGAGCAGCAUGCGGAGCGCGCUGAAGGCCCACGGCCACGAGCUCGUGACCUUCGCGGACGUGAAGCCUCAGCUUCUGGGCAGGGGGUUGAACGAGAAGUUCUCGGGGAUGGUGGAGAUGAUCAUCUGUUCUGGCGCCCGCUCCUUCUGGGGGUCUCGCGAGUCGACAUUCACGGAGGGCAUCCAGCUCCUGAGGGAUGGGCUCAAGAGGCAUUGGGGCGGGCCUGAGGAGGAGUUCGGCACUCUGAUACAGUACGCGUUCCUGCACCUCAGCGGACGCGACGACUCGUCCGCUUCGCCGCUCUAGGCCGCGCCGCCAAAUUGAGCCUAGUACCGUUCUUGCUGAAGGGUGGCCAUCGCGACGUGGCGAUCGACGACACGUUGCACCACCGAGCUGUUCCGGCGACCCCAGAUCGCAGUCCAAACCGAACUGGGGGCGGUGGGGGGGACGACAACCACCAGCACGGCGCCCAAUGCCGCAAGCGCCGAGUGGUGCAACAUGUUGACAAUGUACCGUGGAGCUGUCUUGGGGAGGUCUUGAGGCAUCUUCGAGGACGUAUGCUGCUAUCUUGGACGCCUUCGCCCGUCGCGGCUACUGCAUUCCAAAUCCAUGGGAGGGGCAACGCCCAUACCCGAUGGGGAAGAAUGGGGCUGCAAGGAUCUGAGCCUACCAGGCGGCCUCCAAAGGACGAACUCCAGGUCACCACCAGGGGCGCGAAGAUGAUCGCGCCUCGCCCGUAGCGGCCCAGGUUGCUACAGUGUCCUUCUCCGCGGCGGCGGCGCGAGGGUACGAAAAUAAUUGCGCAUCGUGGAGCGCGAUGGGCGAAGUCAGGUCUAGGCCACCCAAAUGGAGUCCUAGCGGGUGGGGUCGGAGGAUCGCGCCUCAUCGCCGAUGCAUGGGCGAUGAGGCUCGAUGUUUAGCCUGUUUUUCUCGACGCCGACGUCGGCGAUGCAUCGCCGAUGCGUCGCCCAUGCAUCGGCAAUGCGGCCCGAUCCUUCGUCCCCUCUACUCGGGCGGCCCCAUCGGGGAGGCCUCUCUCAGGUGACCUGUGCACUCGUUUAUCCACCUGCGGCCGAAGGUCUGGUGGGACUACGUCCACACAGGCUGGCACGGCGCGUGUUCGCGGCCAGCUCGCUUAUCUGUUCUCUUCCGCAUCCCGCAAGUGGCCACACGGCCAUGCGCUGCGCCCGUUGCUCCUUUCGGGCCGCGGCUCGCCGAAUGCACGGGCUUGCUUGUUGCAGGUCGGCUCGCGCGGUGCCAUUUGUUCUCUUGCCCCUUGGUGGCUCGCACUCUUCGGGCGCAGUGUCGGAACCGCCGGACCCCCGAUUUUGCGUUUCUGCGUC